ACUGUUUUAUGUUUUACUUUUCUCAGGCUGUUCCUCCGGUUAUGACUCGGCGACUGAACACUCAGGCUCCGACAGGGACCUGGAUACAUCCAUCUCCGACAACAGUUCAUCUACUGCUGAACCGGAAGUGACGAAAUACAGAAGCACCCAAGAACUCUGUAACACCCUGCAGUAUAUCAUCUCACUUCCAGACCUCUGUGACGUUAUGUUCCUCGUCGGAGAGAAGCGAGUUCCGGUUUACGGAAUGAAGGCAGUGCUGGCCACCAGAAGUCGAGUCUUCUACAACCUCAUUCUUGAAGCUCAGCAACAGUUGCCAUUGUCAAAGAAGUCGAAAAAGAAGAGCAAACAGGGCCCACCCCCCAGCAACCACAUUGUCAUCGAAAUCAACAAGUACAAGCUCGAGGACUUCCGGGAGCUCGUGACCUUUGUGCACUGUGGGAAAGUCAACAUCAACGCUUCUAACGUCACCGGACUUUAUUGUGGAGCCACGGAGUUUAGUCUUUCUGACUUAAAGAUAGCUUGUCGAGACUUUACAACCAAGUCCAUCAGGAAAGGCCACACGUCAACCAUCUUGAAGUCAGCGAAAUUCUACCUCGGUCUCCAUGGUGCUGCAACCAAGUUUGUGGAGAAGAUUCGCGGAUAUCAGAAGUCCGUCAAAGGCUGAAACAAAAAAGUAGCUCGCCCAAGAGCUUCCGAUACAUAUCAUGGAUCUCCAGCAUCCAUAGAAAUUGGCGUGUCUCUACUGACCCAAACCAGAGCGCCUCUACUGAACUUAGGCAGGCAAAGCACACUGACCCGAAACCAAGAUGAGGAGAGGAUACAGCUAGGCCUGACCUGAAGCCAAUACCUGAACCGGCAUUUGUGUACCUGAGAUGAUAAACGUCGUAGUUGAAGAGAGUUAGAAUAAUCAUAUAAUUAGAUCUGAAUGUUGACUACAUGCUAGUACUGUUCAAGACAUCAACUUGUUCUACUGCUGUACCUGUAAAUAAACAUGAUAAA